AUGGAGGAAUCCUCUGACCUUAGGUUUGACUCUGUUUCACUUUCUGAUGAGCCAGAUGUCGAUCAGAAGGAAGCUCUUAGCGAAGUGAUGCGCGAAAACACUUUGCUUAAACAACAAUUCCAACAAGCAUGUGAUCUUGCGGCCCAAAUGGAACCAUUGCAGAAAGCUAAUCAGGAAUUGACACAAAAACUUAGACAAGAAACAUCAAAACAAGAAGAAGCUACUAGCAGAGUUAAACUUUUGCUUCAGGCGAACCAAGAUUUAACAAAACAAAUCGAAGAACUCAAAAAGCAAAGCCAUGAAACAAAAGCUAAUACUAACAAUGAAUAUGCUCAAAAAAUUGAUGCAAUGAAAAAGCAAUACGAAGAUGAAAUUCGAUUAACAAAAGAUCAACUUCAAAAAGCAAAUGACUUAAUAUUACAGAAUGAAACAGAAUCAAAGUUAACAAUGUCGACAAUUACAAAAAUAUUGGAGUCCGCAAAGCAUUAUUUUACACUCGAAUUCCAAAACUUACCAGAUUUCUUAACUUUCUUAGAUUCUAACAGAGAAGAACCAAAACCACAAGUUGUUCCAGAAGUAACUGCACCUAAGCAACUAUCUUUAUUACAAGAUGCUGAGUAUCAAAAGCAAAUAACGGCUUUGAAGAAGAAAAUGAAAAAGCAAAGGGAAGCUCUUCAGCUCUUGGUUGACGAUAAUGAUAGAAUUAGAAACAUGAUGGGUUCAAAAGAUGAUAAAAUAAGAGAACUAACAGCUCAAUUACGAAAUAUCCAAAAAGAUGUUAUGGAAAAGAAUAGUGCUCUUGAACAAAGCUUUAUAAUCAAAGAAAACAACUACCGUAAUACAAUUUCUACACUUCAGCAAAAGAUCGAUUCACUCAAAUUUGAACUUCAGACACUUAGACUUCAAAAGCCAAAAGAAGUUGUUAAAAUAGAAUGUGAAUCUAAGCCAAUUAUCGAUACCCAGCUUGAUUCACACGAUGACGAUGCUGUUAAGUUAAUGCAAGAUCAAUACAUGUCAAGAAUUGAUGAACUUUCCAAACAGAAUGACCAGCAGCGUUCCAAACGCGAAGAAAUAUUCCAAAACUUUAGAAGUUCCCAAGCCAAAGUUCUUGAAUUAGAAUCUCAAUUACGAUCAAUGACGAAGAAGGCUGAAGAAAUGGAAAAUCUAUAUAAUCAAGCUAUUGCAGACCUCCAGAACUAUAAAUCACAAUACCAAAUUGCAGAAGAUAAAGAUGCAAAGAUUGAAGAUAUUAAUCUCAAGAAUAAAGCAUUAAAACAGAAUGCACAGUACCUUCAAACACAAAUUAAUGAGCAUCAGGAUAAGAUAAAGGCCGGUGAAGUUCAUGCAAAAGAAUUAGAAUGUGUAAUUGCAGAAAAAGAGAAAGUUAUUGAGCGUUUGAACGGUGAUAUAGCUAAAAACCAAACAGAAAUGAAUAACCUUAGAAAAUCUCUUGAGGAUCUUCAAUCAGAAUUUGCAAAGCAUAAACAAGUCAAGGAAGAAGUUGAAAUUCCAUCCACAAUAUACCAAUCAUUACCUGCAGAAUUAAUUCCUAAGUGCGAUGCUAUCAUGCAGAAUAAGUUAUUGCAGAUUCCUUCCAAGAUGCAAAAUGUAAUUAAGAUAAUUCAGGCCUAUUAUGAAGAUUUCACACGAGAAUCCCUCAAAGAUAAUGAAGAAAAACUUGCUGACAAUGCCAAACUGUUCGACAGUAUUUCAACAUUUAUUACAGAUCUUUCGAUUUCGACAACUGAAAAUCCAAUAACUUUGGAUGAACUUUUUGUCGAUGAAAACGCAGAAAACAUUAUCAAUUGCAUUAAUUGCCUUAAGAAACAGAUCAACGAAGCUAAUAUUGUUAACGAAGCUCUUGCAAGUCAACUUGAUAAGUUCAAGGAUACACUUGGUUUCACUGAUGGAGAUGUUACACAAAUGAUUGAAGGAGUUAAGCAAGCAUUUGAUAAUACAACACAAGAAAUGCAGCACAAAUCACAAAAGUAUAAGGAACUCAAGAGAACAUACUUGUUGCAACAGAAGGAACAUGUAGACAAAAUCAAUGAAAUGAAGUUGGAUAAUGACCAAGUUUUGAAAGAAAAAGCAGAACUUGAAAAAGAACUUCAUGAUGAAAAAGAAGCAAAGAAACAACUUAAUAUUGAAUGCAAGACACUCCAAAACAAGGUUAAGCUCCUUGAAAACACAUUGGAAGAUGAAAAGCUCAAUAAGCAAAAUCUUGAAAAGGAACUUGAAAAAUCCACAAAAGAAAUGCAAGAAGAAGCUCAAAAAGUCUUUGAAGCACAGAUCAACCAAUUAUCACAAACCGUUGAAACACUUUCAAACAGACUUAAUAAAUCCAAGGAGAAUGAAGACAGACUGCAAAAAGUCGUUAAGAACACAACAGACAAGCUAGAUGAACGCGAGAAAUUCAUUAAGCAGAUGCAGAUGGAUUUCGCCAAAGAAAACGACAAACAGCAGAAGAAGUUCGAAGGCGAAAAGAAGAACAUGGAAGAUGUUUACAAUAAUACAAUGGGAAAGAUGAGAAAGCAAUUAGAAGACUCCAGAAAAGACCAAGAAUCUCUUAGUCAACAACUCGAAGAUAAUAAUUUCGUUAUCAAGAAAUUACAAUCUAAGCUGGAUAAAGCACUCAACAGAUGCCAGAAAUAUGAAGCUAAACUCACGACUGCAGCAGAAGAGCUUCACCGUGAUAGACUGCUCUUCGAAACGGCCAAGAAAUCACAGAUAGUGCAGUUCGAAAACAAAUUGUCAUCAGCAAUAGAUCAAGAAAGAGAGAAAAGUGACAAAGAAAUGCGUCACUUUUGCACUUUCGCAAUCGAUUUAUUCAGAGAAUAUUUCAAGCCAACAGAUAUGGUGGAUGAAAAGACAGCUCGUAACAUUCUUGCCAUGGUUUCAAAAGAUUAUCAUAGAAUGGGAGAGACUGAAAAGACUAUUAAAUCAUUUUUAGCGGUAAAGGAUGGUCAAACAAUUGAGGAUGCUAUUUCCCAACUUGUUUUGGAUUCAACUCUAAAGAGGUUAUAA